CACUCCGAGCAAAAGAGUGGUGUUUACUUGCCGGAGAGAGAUCUGUCGGCCGUAAAGCUCAGGGGAUGCUCGGCGCUUGAUUUGGCCGGUAAUGGCUGGGGAGAUCGAAGAGCCGCCGUUCGGCAUUAGUUUUAAGGCAGAGUCUUUACAUUCAGGUUCUAUAUCAUUUGGAAGAUUCGAAAAUGAGCCCCUAUCUUGGGAGAGGAGAUCGUCUUUCUCGCACAAUAGAUAUCUUGAAGAGGUCGAGAAAUACUCAAAACCAGGUUCAGUAAUUGAGAAGAAAGCUUAUUUUGAAGCUCAUUUCAAGAAGAAGGGUAUUAGGUUUCCAGGUUCAUCUGAGGUUCAUUAUGGGAGAGAUAGCCAAACUAGUGGUAGUGGUGAUAUGGAGAAUGAGGGUUAUGGAGAUCAAUCUGAUAAUGUGAAUGAAGUUGGUCACUAUGAUCGGUUUGAUAAAAGUGGCUUGGACCAGGUAGGUUAUCGAGAAGAAUUUGACAAUGGGAACCAAGGAAGCCAAUUUGAUUAUGAAAAUGAACAGAUGGAGUUUGAUUAUCCAAAUGAAUAUAAAAAUUUUGAUAAUGAAAAUCAAAAUAUCCAUUUUGCUUAUGGAAUUGAAGGCAGCCAUUCUGUUCAGUUUAAAAAGAGCCCUGAAGGUUCUGAAUAUCUAGCUGAGGAUGAAGUAAUUGAAUGUGAAAGAGAAGGUCAAGGGGUUUUACAUUCUGAAACUCAAGUGGAAGCCUCAGUAAGUAAUGAUGUUUUGGUAGACAAUGUCUCUAAAGUUGUUGAGCCUGACGAAACAGAUCAAAGUGACUUCAGAUGUGGUAAGCCAAGUACAUUUGGUCAACCAGCACUGGAAGUAAAAGAGAAUCUCAUUGAUUCUACUCUUAAUAUAGAUGAAUCUUCAUUGUCCACUAAUUCAUCACCCAAAAGGGAGCCUGAUGUUGCAGGUUCAGAAGAUCAGAAAAAUCUUUCACCAAAGUUGGAGGCUGCUGUGGAAAGUAAAUCUUCCAAAUCUAGAUUGAAGUCUCAAGUUAAGCCCAGCCUGUCCUCGAAAAACAUAUCUCAAGGUACAUCAAAAACUCCUGCAAAGGCUCAGACUAAAAUGGAAAAAGAGAGUCCUAGAAGAAUGAAAACAGAAAAGCUGUCAUCACAAGCUGCCACUCCACCUAGAUGUUCAUUACACAAAUCUCCUAGAAAAGAGGACUGUGAAAGAUCCAAUGCAAAAUUGAAUGUUGAGAACAAAAGUGUAAGAGGACCAAGUGUAAAGAAAGCAGUAGAAGCUCAUUCUUCUCCUUCAAAGAAAAGUGAACGUGUAGCACAUCAAACACCAAACAGGUUUCAUCAGACUGUUCAUUUGUCAAAGCCAGACAAAAAGCCAACACCUGCUGCUUUCAAUUUUAGAAGUGAUGAGAGAGCAGAAAGGAGGAAAGAGUUUUACAUGAAGUUGGAAGAGAAGAUGCAUGCUAAAGAGGCUGAGAUGAACCAUAUGCAAGCAAGAACACAGGAAAAAACUGAGGCUGAGAUUAAACAAUUGCGGAAAAGCCUUAAUUUCAAAGCAAAGCCCAUGCCUUCUUUCUAUCAUGUUGCUGUAACACCAGGGUCUAAUGGAAACAAGCCUGCAUCAUCAAACACAAGAUCAGCUAAUGUACAGCAUAAGUCAGCAAGUCAAGGGAGUGGAGUUACUGGAAGAUCACCAUCGGCUUCAGCAACAAAAAGCAAAAAUCUACCUGCCACAGGAUCUGCAGAUGCAACCAAUCCAUCUCAAUCAACAGAGGAAGUAGAUUGUCCCACAGUUGAGGCAUCUCAAAUUGGAUUGAUCUCAACUCGAACUGAUGGUCACAGUCACUUUGGAUCACGAUGUGUCAUCACAGAUAAGAAAGAAAGAGAAAAAGAGGGCAGUAAUUUGCAGAAACAUCUAAUAUCAGAGAGUAGUAAAGUUCCAAAAGACCAUAAGGCUCAUGGGAAGCCAAAAGUGGGAGCCAGCAGAAGUAGCGAUGAGGUGGUUGGGAAGAACAUGAAAGGUGGUGGCAUUGCAAGUGGUUCUGGGAUGGGGCGUUUUGCAGUGGUAGCUUCCUAAACCAAUACAUAAUGUGGUAUGUUAACCAACUAUUCAUUUCAAAUUUAGCCAAGGCAGCCAAAGAAGACAUCGUCAAUGACCAUGAUCCGCCCGCAUUGUGCUGCAGCAGAGAAAUGACUAGUUUGUAGUAGAAUUUUCUUCUGUUGUAACAUUCCUUGUAGUCAUGACUAAGAAGGUAAUUGUAGGAAUAUUUUUAUUUUUUAUUAUGUAAUUUUAUGGUUUAAUGCUAUGAAACCUCCCCCGACAAGUUAGCAAAUGAC